GAUUUAUUGGAAAAUAUCGUGAUAGCUAACUUAUGAGAAGAAAAAAUUAUCGCUAAUCUAAAAAAUGAAUUUGACGCACAUAUUUAACGAGGGAUCCGUGGUCUCAGGCGUCCAGGGGACGGAGCCCAGGCCAGAGCUGUGAGCAAAAUCAGAGAUUAUGGGUUCCAAAGCUGCCCUUAUUUUUCUUGGAAUCAUGAUCAUUGGUUGCAACCACGUUGAAUCCAAGAAUUUUGAAUUUAUGGAUCCGAAAGUUUUAUUUCCAAAUGCAGUAACUGCAACAAAUGGCCAGAUUUGCCAAAACUGUCUGGAGUUCACCACAAAAGCUAUAUUAUUUCUUGGCAAAAAUGAGACGCAAACUGAGAUAAUCGGCAACCUUCAUCAAGCAUGUUCCCACCUGCUUUCUUUUGAACCACAGCAGUGUAAUUUGUUGAUGGACUAUUAUGCACCUCUUUUCUUUGUGGAGAUUGCCAAAUGGCAGCCAAAACUCCUCUGUGAAAAGGUUAACUUGUGUAAGGAGAUGUCAGUUAUUCAUCUAAGAAAGCCUGAUGAUCCCUGCACACUCUGCCAUAAUGCUAUUAAUGAAGUUCUUACUAAACUGGAAGAUCCUGAAACGCAGCUUGAGGUGAUUCAGAUUCUCAUUAAAGCAUGCAACAAGGCGGAGAAUUUCGCUCAUCAGUGCAAGAAGCUGGUUCUUGAGUACGGCCCAAUCAUUAUGGCCAAUACACAGAAGUUUUUAGAGAAAACAGACAUCUGCACAGCGAUACAUGUGUGUAAAGCACAAAAAGCAACUGAAGUAGAACAACAAUUCCUGUCUGCUUCUGCCUGAACUGGUUCUGCAUAGAACAUCAAUGGAUGCCUAAAUUUGUAGAAAUCAUGAAACAGGCUGCAGUGAAAUUAGCAUUUGCCUCUGUGAGUGACACACUUCUCACUGCUUUUACUCUAUUUCUAUGAUUUGUAAAACAAGAUUCUGUAAUGGCUGAAUACGGGAUCUAUGGCUCUACUUAUUUGGUGUUGUUGCUGCUGUAAUGUAAAUUUUCAUCUCAACUCUGUAAAUAAUAGUAUUUACUAUUGUAUGAUAAAUGUUUUCCUAUAGGAUUCCACGUUUGAUUA